AUGAAGAAAUUGAGGGCUAAUGGCCAAAAUAAUAAAAUCCUGGAAGGUGUCUACACGGGUGUCUUCUCGGUGAACGACGUCGACGUCGGCGAUACGUUUAUCGAUUUUUCGGGCUGGGGCAAGGGGUUUAUCCUGAUUAACGGCCAUCAUUUGGGAAGAUAUUGGAAUGUCGGUCCGCAGCGUACCCUCUACGUGCCAUCCCCAUUUCUACGUAAGGGCGCAAAUCGUAUCUUCAUCGUCGAGCUACUCUCCGAUUAUUACGAUUGCAAAGCGCCGCACAAAUGCCAGAUCUCAUCUGUGGACCACCCAAUAUGGAAAUACAAGAAUGUCGUCGAGUUGAAUGACAAGUUUACCCCGAAAAAGUCUACCCGUCAU